ACAGGCUAGAGUCAACACAGUGGCUGGUGCAGUGUCAUCGCCUCGCUAGCAGGGAGCGAACCGCAGGGUAAAAAAGAAAGAAACACCUGGCUACCGACGUUGUUGGCCCCGGUAAUGCUAGCAGAGCCUCGACCUGGUGGAGGAUAGAAGGAACACCGAACUGACGCAUUUCCCGUCGACUUUUACACCAAUAAGGAGGAAUUGUAUUCACCUCGACGGGAAGACCGCAGCUCGGGAAGUGAAUGUGCCGAAACAUGCUUUUGCUAAGCCACUGCAGAAGGCUGACUGGACUGUGAUCUGAGAACCUCUCAAAAUGGCUAUUGUGCGACAAUUUGGACUCCUGUUAUGGAAAAACUAUCUUCAGCAGAAACGUCAAAUCCUGGUAACUCUGGUGGAGAUCCUCCUGCCCCUGCUCUUCUCUGGCAUCCUCAUCUUCCUACGCCAGAAGGUGCCUUUUAAGGACUACCCGAAUGCCACGGUCUACGAGAGCUACACCGUCGACGCGCUGCCGGCCCACUUCAUGCACCGCCUGCAGCUGGCCUACGUGCCCCGCAACUCCAGCGUGGUGCGUCACGUGGCAGAGGAUGUGCGAGGCAGCCUGUUCCUCUCUCCCCCCGUGCGUGGCUUUGAGACUGAGGAGCAGUUCGAGGAGUUCGUCAGAAACGACUCUCGCUCAGGACAGCUGCUGGCAGCUGUGGUGUUUGAGCACCCUUUCGCCCACGAUGAUGAACCUCUGCCCCUAAAGGUGAAAUAUCACCUGCGUUUCAGCUUCACCCCGCGCUGCGCCCCGCCUCGGGAGAGGUCGGAGUUGAACCCGAACAGUGACCUCGACUGGCACACGCUCAGCCUCUUUCCCCUCUUCCAGCUGCCGGGGCCGAGGGAGCAGUACGACAAAGAGGGGGGCACGCCUGGUUAUUUCCGGGAGGGUUUCCUGGCUGUGCAGCACGCGGUGGACCGAGCCAUCAUGCGCUCAUACAACAGAACGGCCGCUGCCUCUCUGCUGCCACAGAUCCGAGUGGUCCUGUCGCGGUUUCCUUACCCCGCCUUUAUAUACGACGUCUUCAUCCUGGCCAUCCAGAACCAGUUGCCCCUGCUGCUGGUGCUCAGCUUCACCUACACAUCCCUCAACAUAGUACGAUCUGUAGUGCAGGAGAAGGAGAGGAAACUCAGGGAGUACAUGAGGAUGAUGGGUCUGAGCAACUGGCUGCACUGGAGCGCCUGGUUCCUCAUGUUCCUCCUCUUCCUCUCCAUCUCAGUCUUCUUUGUCACCCUGCUCCUUUGUGUCCAGGUGAGCCCUUACGGAGCCGUUCUGUCCUACAGCGACCCCACGCUGGUCUUUGUCUUCCUGCUCGUCUUCACUGUGGCCACCAUCAGCUUCAGCUUCAUGAUCAGUGCCUUCUUCUCACGAGCCAAUGUGGCGGCAGCAGCGGGUGGCUUCAUUUAUUUCCUGAGCUACCUGCCAUAUUUGUUCCUGUGGCCACGCUACGACCUGCUGAGUCACGCCCAGAAGGUGUCGGCCUGCCUCAUCUCCAACGUGGCCAUGGCCAUGGGAGCUCAGCUCAUAGGAAUGUUUGAAGGCAAAGGAACGGGGGUCCAGUGGUCGAACUUGUUUGACUCGGUGACGGUGGAUGAUGACUUCUCCAUGGCCCAGGUGUUGUGCUUGCUGCUGUUUGACGCCGUGCUCUAUGGGCUGGUGGCCUGGUACACAGAGGCGGUUUUUCCCGGGGAGUAUGGAGUCCCUCUACCAUCUUACUUCUUUGUACUGCCGUCCUACUGGUGCAGCAGCCCCCGUAUGGCUUUGGUGAAUGAGAAAGAGGAAGAGGAAGAUGCAGAAAAGGCUCUGAAAGGGGAGUUUGUCGAGGAGGAACCAGCCGGACUCGUCUCCGGGAUCAAGAUUAAACACCUCGCAAAGGAAUUCAAAGUGGGCAACAAGACACGGCAGGCUGUGCGGGACCUCACGGUGAACAUGUUUGAGGGACAGAUUACGGUGCUGCUAGGACACAACGGGGCUGGGAAGACCACGACACUGUCCAUGCUGACAGGCUUGUUUCCUCCCACCACGGGCAGAGCCUAUAUCAACGGUUACGACAUCUGUCAGGACAUGGCUCUGGUCCGCCGCAGUCUGGGACUCUGUCCCCAGCACGACGUGCUCUUUGAUAACCUGACUGUCAGAGAGCACCUGCUCUUCUACGCUCAGUUGAAAGGAUUCUCCAAAGAAAAGAUUCCAGAUGAGGUGGACCGGAUGAUCCGCGUCCUGAAUCUUGAGGACAAGCGACAGGCUCGCUCCAAGACCCUCUCGGGUGGCAUGAGGAGAAAACUCUCCAUUGGCAUCGCCCUCAUCGGAGACUCCAAGGUGGUGAUGUUAGACGAGCCCACGUCAGGUAUGGACCCGUCGGCUCGGCGUGCCACCUGGGACCUCCUGCAAGGGGAGAAGCGCGGCCGCACCAUCCUGCUCACCACGCACUUCAUGGACGAGGCCGACCUGCUCGGCGACCGGAUCAUCAUCAUGGCGGGAGGAGAGCUGCAGUGCAGCGGCUCGCCGCUCUUCCUCAAGAACAAAUACGGUGCUGGUUACCACAUGGUGAUCGUUAAGGACGCUCUUUGUAAUGUGUCGGAGAUCACCCGCCUUGUCCUCAUGUAUGUUCCUGAUGCCACGCUGGAGAGCAGUGCGGGGGCUGAGCUCUCCUACAUCCUGCCAAAAGAAAGCACCAGCAGGUUUGAGCUGCUGUUUGCCGAGCUGGAGAUGAACAGAGAAGAGCUGGGCAUUGCCAGCUACGGAGCUUCGGUAACCACUAUGGAGGAGGUUUUCCUCAGGGUGGGAAAGUUGGUGGAUUCAAGUUUGGACAUCCAGGCGAUCCAGCUUCCGGCCCUGCAGUACCAACACGAGCGGCGCUCCCACGACUGGACCACGGAUGACGCCAGCAGCAUGAGCGGCAUGACCGACGUCACCGACUUCACAGACAGCGGCACGCUCAUCUCAGAGGACUGCUCCAACAUCAAGCUGAACACCGGGGCCAGACUUUACGUGCAGCAGUUCUACGCCAUGUUCCUGAAGAGGGCGCUGUACAGCUGGAGAAACUGGAAGGUGAUGGUGGCUCAGUUCCUCGUGCCUCUGCUCUUCACCGUUUUGGCCUUGGUGGUGGCGCGCUCGUUCCCCAAUCACCGGGACGCUCCUCACCUGAGGCUGGCCCUCAGGCGCUACGGCUCCACCAGGGUGCCCGUGGCUCUGCCGACCGGAGCCGGUUCCCUGGCCGCCGCCCUGGCAAAUGCAUACAGUUCACAGCUCUCGGCCCAGCUCGGCCAGCCCAUCAACAUCACAGAUUUCACCGAUUACGUCCUCACCCAGGCGGAGGCGGAGGGCGGCAGCUUUAACGAGCGCUGCGUGGUGGGCGCCGCUUUCCUCGGCAGCGGCAGCCAUUUCACCGAAGCGACGGCCUACUUCAACAACGAGGGCUACCACACACCCGCCACCGCCCUCAUGAUGGUGGACAACGCUCUGUUCCGACUGCUAGCGGGGCCGAAUGCCUCCAUCGAGACGGGGAAUUAUCCGAUGCCGCGCAACCUGUCCGAGGCCGCACAGAGCCAGCUCGUAGAGGGAAAGACGGGUUUCAUCAUCGCUAUAAACCUGAUGUACGGCAUGGCGUCCUUGUCCAGCACAUUUGCCCUUCUGCUGGUAACCGAGUCCUCUAUCAAGUCCAAGCAUGUGCAGAAGGUCAGCGGCGUCUACCUGUCAAACUUCUGGUUUUCUGCGCUGCUGUGGGACCUGGUCAACUUCCUGCUGCCGUGUCUCCUCAUGCUGGUGGUGUUUCAGGCGUUCGGAGUGAAGGCUUUUAUAGACAACAACCACCUGGUAGAUGUGUUGUUAUUACUGCUGCUGUACGGCUGGGCCGUUGUGCCUCUCAUGUACCUGCUCAGCUUCCUCUUCUCCUCUGCCGCUUCUGCCUACACACGCCUCACCAUCUUCAACAUGAUCUCUGGCACGGCCACCUUUCUGGCCGUCACCAUCAUGACCAUCCCAGAGUUGAAGAUGCAGGCCAUGUCACACUUAUUGGAUAAAAUAUUCCUCAUCUUUCCAAACUAUUGCCUGGGCAUGUCCUUCAGCCAGUUCUACCAGAACUAUGAGUUGAUCACGUUUUGUACACACAGUAUAAUCACCGAAACUGUGUGCGAGGCUUUAAACAUCACGUACCAGACGAACUACUUCUCGAUGUCGGAGCCUGGCGUGGGACGCUUCCUUGUGGCCAUGUCGUUGCAGGGCGUAGUCUUUAUUCUUCUGCUGUUCGGCAUCGAGCUGCAGUGCGUCCGCACUCUGCGGCGACUCCUCGCCUCCCUGGGCAGGAGACGCAAACAGUUGCCUCUGAUGGAGGAUGCAGCCCUGCUCCCAGAGGACCGGGAUGUGGCGGAAGAGAGGAAGAGGGUCCUGGAGUGCCAGCCGAUGGUGGAGUCAAUGAUGGGCAGCCCUCUCGUACUGCAGGAGCUCAGCAAGGUGUACAGCAGCGGGGGGGAUCUCGUGGCUGUUGACAGGCUGUCUCUAGCUGUAGGGAAAGGGGAGUGCUUCGGCCUCCUGGGCUUCAAUGGAGCAGGCAAGACCACGACCUUUAAGAUGCUGACAUGUGACGAGAGCGUUACCUCCGGGGACGCCUACAUUGAUGGAUACAGCAUAUUGAGGGACAUUAAAAAGGUGCAGCAGCGCAUUGGUUACUGCCCACAGUUUGACGCCGUGUUGGAUCACAUGACCGGGAGAGAAACUCUGAGUAUGUAUGCCAGACUCCGAGGAAUACCAGAGAAGUAUGUGUCUGGCUGCGUGGAGAACGUCCUCAGGUCACUGCUGCUGGAGCCUCAUGCUGAUAAACUGGUCCGCAGCUACAGUGGUGGAAACAAGAGGAAGUUGAGUGCGGGCAUCGCUCUGAUUGGUGGGCCUCCGGUCAUCUUCUUGGAUGAGCCUUCGACCGGGAUGGACCCGGUGGCCAGGAGGCUGCUGUGGGACGCUGUCACGCGCACACGGGAGUCUGGAAAGGCCAUAAUCAUCACUUCUCACAGCAUGGAGGAGUGUGAGGCCCUGUGCACCCGGCUGGCAGUGAUGGUCAACGGUCAGUUCAAGUGCCUCGGGAGUCCUCAGCACCUGAAGAGCAAGUUUGGCAGUGGCUACACCUUGCUGGCGAAAGUACACAUAGAGGCUGAGCUGGAGGAUAGUGACCUGCAGCUUUUUAAAGACUUCAUCGAAAGUACCUUUCCAGGAAGUCAACUAAAGGAUGAGCACCAGGGAAUGGUGCACUAUCAUUUGACAGACAAAUCACUUACCUGGGCCCAGGUGUUUGGCACUUUGGAGGCAGCCAAAGAGAAAUACCAGAUUGAAGACUACUGCGUGAGCCAGAUAUCGCUGGAGCAGGUGUUCCUCAGUUUUGCCCAGUUUCAGCACUGCUCUGAGAGUGGGAGGAAUUUGACCUCCCGGGAAUUACGGAAGGUGCCUCCUGGUCCAAGGCCUCUACCCCUGCUCGGCAACCUUCUGCAGCUCGAUCUCAAAAGACCUUACGUCACCCUCUUCGAGCUUUCAAAGAAGCAUGGGUCUGUGUUCACGGUCUACCUUGGAACCAGCAGAGUAGUGGUCCUGGCGGGAUACAAGGCAGUCAAAGAUGCUCUGGUCAACCACGCAGAGGACUUUGGAGACAGAGAAAUCUCCCCUAUCUUUUAUGAUUUGAAUCAAGGCCAUGGAAUUCUGUUUGCUAAUGGAGAAUCCUGGAAAGAGAUGCGACGUUUUGCCCUGACCAACCUCAAAGACUUUGGAAUGAGAAAGCAACUCUCUGAGCAUAAAGUCUUAGAAGAAUGCCAAUAUCUGAUUGAAGUGUUUGAAAAGCAGCAAGGGAAACCCUUCUAUACAGAAAAGCCGUUAAGUUAUGCUACAUCCAAUAUAAUCUCUGCUAUUGUGUACGGCAGCCGGUUUGAAUACAACGACCCCCAAUUCAUAAGUAUGGUGAAGCGAUCCAAUGAAAGCAUAAGGAUUGUGGGCUCCACACAAAUCCAGGUUUACAACAUGUUUCCCAGGCUGUUCAGUUGGACAAAAGAACGGCAGCUUUUGGUAAAUAACCGGACGGAGACUGUCAGAGAUGUCAAAGAACUAAUCAUGCAUCUAAAAGACACACUGAACCCUCAGUCGUGCAGAGGCCUUGUCGACUGUUUUCUGAUCCGGAUGCAAAAGGACGAGGAGGCUUGUGUCAAGGACACUCCAUACAAUGAGAACAACUUGAUAUGUACAGUGACCAACAUGUUUUCAGCUGGCACUGAUACCACAGCGACAACUCUGAGAUGGAGUUUGCUGUUUAUGGCUAAAUAUCCACAUAUUCAAGACCAGGUGCAGGAGGAGCUGAGCAGGGUGGUCGGAAGCCGUCAGCCUCGAGUAGAGGACAGGAAGAACCUGCCGUACACUGAUGCUGUUAUUCAUGAGACACAGAGACUGGCCAACAUUGUCCCCCUUUCCAUUCCUCACAAAACCAGCCGAGACGUCACCUUCCAGGGCUUCUUCAUCAAAAAAGGGACCACUGUGUUUCCUCUUCUUACUUCUGUCCUUCAUGAUGAGAGUGAAUGGGAGACCCCGCACUCUUUUAACCCUUCCCACUUCCUGGAUGAGGAUGGGAAAUUUUUUCGGAGGGAUGCCUUUAUGCCUUUUUCUGCAGGUCGCAGGGUGUGUCUGGGUGAAAGUCUGGCUAAGAUGGAGCUCUUCCUCUUCUUCAGCUCCCUCCUCCAGCGCUUUCGUUUCACUCCUCCACCUGGAGUGAAAGAGGAGGAUCUGGAUCUGACUCCAGCUGUAGGCUUCACCAUCCCCCCGUCACCUCAUGAGCUGUGUGCCGUCAGUCGCUAAUGAACACAAGAGCUGAAGUAUGGCUUCACACUGGUGACCAUGGUAUGAACAGGGUUUAACUCACAGGCAGCAGAAAAGUACAUCUAUGAGCGGUCUCACUCUAGAUACGUGAUAACACAUCAACAUCCCUGCGGAUUGUUUACAACAGUGCCGAAAAUACAAAAAAUAAGAAACGCAUAUAUGCUCCUGCUUCGGGUUACUUGUUUAUUAUUUUGACGAAUAAAUGUUCGUGGUUGCGUAGAUUAGUUUUAGUACAUUAGUUAGUACAUUAAGAGAUGCCCUUUCCAAUAGCCAAUACCUGUAGCUUGCAUCUAAAUAUAUCAUAUACAGAUUUAUAAAUAAGAAAAUAGAAAUAAAGCUACUACAACUGCUUGAACUCAAUUAGUUAGAAUGGGUCAAAAUGUUUUUUUGCGUUGGUGACAAGAAUUCUUAUUUCUUGAAUAGAUGAAUGAAUAUUGUCUGAUUUCAUGUGUUUUUCUCCAUCUUUACACCUUUGUUUUAAAUGUAUAUAUUCUAUCAUGACAGUCUGAAGUGUGGGCACCCGGUCUUCCGAGAGGGCCUGUGGCUUCAGGUGGGAAUAAAGGAUCAGCCAAAACCCAAGGGUUGCAGAGAAAUCUAACGGAAAUUGUAUUUAUUAUAACCUGAGGGGAAGAGGGGAGGGGGCAUAAACAAACUCAAAACGCCGGGUUGACCGGGAUCGCCGGAGGCAUCGGGCAGCUCAGCUGGACUGGUCCUGGAGUGAGAAGGGCAGCGGGAUUAGUGACGGUCCGCUUCUUUUCUUCCCCUCCCGCAGUGUCGUCUCACCCUCCCUCUUACAGCCUCCUGAUUACGGUUCUGAUUCAGAACACCUGGGAGGUGCACUUAGGGCCACCUGCUGUAGUACCGCCCAUCCACUACCACGCCUCUUGGUGGCCGUUGCCUGGCUACCCCAAGCCAUGUGGGGCGCUGCUCACCAGCUGGGCCAUCACAGAGGGCACGUGUGCUGUCCUUUGUUUACUAUUUUUUACCCUCAGAGCGUUCACUGGUUAAGCCGUUUUUACUGUCACAUUGCAAUGCCUUGUGGGAAAUUAGAUGCUGACUCAGAAAGGCCUCAUUAAGGCCUAAAAAUGUCAGCAUGAGUGCACUCAACACUUUUGACAAUGAGACAGCCCUAGAUCCUAAAGGAAAUAGUAGGAAGGGCGCCUCAACGUCAGAGUGGGUAAAGGUGUGGACUGGGCAUAUUUCCUCUUUCCUACUGAAAGGCAAUACACAACGUUUGCUGAUUACAACUAUUUUGAGCUGAAAGGCAGAUAUUUACUAUUUGUAAUGUCGCUGGCAACCGUAUUUAUAAAUGCAAUAAGGUUAUUGAGGGAUUGAUUUGAUGGAUAGCAUAAAGACAACAUUUUAGAAAGUAUACCAGCUUCACAUAUAAUGCACCAUCUUUCGUGCCCCCAUUGCAGGUGUUUUCAUUUUUUGAAAGGAGCCAAGACAACGAGGCCGUGUCCCAGGCCUUGGAAGGAGAUGAUGUUAUGGACGUUGCAAGAAAGGGUUCAUUUGUCAACUCUCUCAACCCUCAGGCUGAAACUACAGCAACUCAAACAUAUGAUGCAUUUGUUGGCGAGUUCUGCUCCUGCAACGUCUACAUGCGCACAAUACCCAGAGUUAAGCAGUACAACAUCUGAAAAUAACAUUGUGAAGAGCCAGAAGACUCAGGAAUGUGCGUGCCUUAUUAUCUUCACUUUCCCUUUACACCAUAAGAUUUACAUCAGAGAGGUUUGUUUGUAGUUCACCUGAGGAUUCAAAUGUCAUCCUUACUCGUAAAGAUUCCCUCUGAUUUCACACCAGUGACACAAUUGUAUUUACCGUCCUAAUAGAAGAAAAUCUCAUUUAAGAGUAAUUCACUUUAAUUUACAGCUUUGUAUGAUUCACAUUCCUUUGUUAUCUCAGUUUGUGUGUGGAAAAAGUAGAGACAGACCUUCCAGACAGUUAUAGAUAUGUGGCUUAUAAGUCUAUAGGAUUUAAUCUAAUUCAAACAUUUGUUACACUUGUUCAUGUAUUUGCACUCGUUUUACUCAUUACCUGUAUGACCUAAAUUGUUUGUGUUGAAAUACAAUUCAUAUUUAAAAAAGGGAAUUUACGUCAUUGUAAUUGUGUUCUGUACAUGUACCAUGAAAAUGAGCAACUGUAAAUGUAAAUGACUUUAUACCGCAAGGGAUAGGAGGCGCAACCUAAAACCCAUAAUGGUCUUAGAGGUGACUUGUGUGCACUUCACCCCGAGGCUGCAACUAACAAUUAUUUUGAUAAUUGAUUAAACAAUUAAUCGGAUAAAAAAAACAUUACAAGCAUUAAAAAGCUUUAAUUUCCAACCCUUUAUUCUAAAGCAGAACUCCAAAUUCAC